UGUUUGUUGCCAUGAAACGUUAGCCUGGACGUCGUGUAAAUACUACUUGAAUAACGUUGGAAAUAAUGAGAAACUCAUCUGACGCAUUUUAGCUGGACUGCAGCGAGAAUGACAUUUGUUAUCCCAGUCACAAGGGUGCUUAUGUUUUUGUAGCUGCCCUCCACUUCAUUGUUUCUGCUUUGAUGCCGAGCGGCUGCAAUGCAUAUUAAAGAAGAGACUAUAGCCAGAUUAAAGCAGUUUGACACUGGAGACAAGUUCUCCUCUCUGUCGGUGCUGCCCAAAGCCUCAGUGCUGAUCCCACUGUUUGUGAAGAAUGGAGAGCUGUGCACCUUGAUGACCCUGCGUUCACAAGAGCUGAAGAGAAGUGCUGGUGAGGUGUGUUUCCCAGGUGGGAAGAGAGACCCCAGUGACAGAGAUGAUGUGGACACAGCUCUGAGGGAGGCAGAGGAGGAGAUAGGUCUACCACCUGAUGAUGUCCAGGUGGUCUGUAGACUGGUCCCUAUUGUCAGUAAGAGUGGUCUGUUGGUGACCCCAGUGGUUGGCUUCAUCGAUGAGUCAUUUUGUCCCCAUCCAAACCAAGCUGAGGUCAGUGCUGUGUUCACAGUCCCUCUGGACUUCUUCACCAGCGACAAGGACCACUAUGCUACCCAAUGGGCUGCUGGGAUGAAGGGGAAGCAGCACUCUUUUUAUUUUGUGGACCCUGAUUCAGGAAGCCAGUAUCACAUAUGGGGUCUGACUGCCAUGAUUGCCAUACUGGUCGCUGCACUGGCUCUCAGGAAAAAACCUGAGUUUGAUGUCGCUUUCGACCCUGAGGAUCCGUUACUGGUCUUCCAACAGAUGCUAAAUAGAAGAAUUAGUAAACUGUGAUUAUUUUUUUAUGUUUGUAAUUAAUUUGUGCUAAUACAAAAUACCUGAAGCCAGAUGUUUUGUAACUGAAGUGCAUUAACUGUGAAUUGAAAACUCUACUGACAUGCAGGAUUUGCUUUAAUAGAUUAAUAUAAAAACCU